GGGUAUUAUUCCCAUAUACUGCAAGUCAACAUUUUUAAUUCUAAUUUUCAACAAGAAUGAUGAUAAAAAUAAUUUUUCUACUCAUCGCUUACGUCGCGUUCACUAAUGAAGUUGCUGUUACAAGGACAAAUGAUAUGAUUUGGGUGCAUAUCAAGACAAGUAGAGACUUUCGUGGAGUAUCAGUAAAACAAACAAGCAAUGGAUACGAAAUUGAAUGGUUGGAAGAUUUCGAUAACAGUACAAAUCCUCUAAUCGGUUACUUUAACUACAUUUUCGAAGAAUCGGGACAUCGACAAAUUAUAAAUAUUGAUAAUUUGUGCGGUACCUAUGGUAGAGACUCCAUAGAACACGCAGUCCAACAAUAUAUUCUGCUUAGAUUCGCAAAUACGAGUCAAUGUCCAAUUAAAAAGGGGACGAAAGUUAUUUACAAACUACCUGAAACAUUUUCGUGGCAAACCGAAAAUCGUGAAUGUGGAUUGGUUGACGGUGGAUUGUAUGUAAAAAAGAAAAAAUCACGAAGAUCUGGUCACACACCAUUUUUAUUGCGAGUUUUCCUCUCAGGAAAUGUCACUGGUCCGGAAUGUGCGAAUUAGAUAUUGUAAGAAAAUAAAAAAGUACGAAAAUUAAAUUAUACAAAAUUUUAAUAAAUGGAAAAAUUUAAUAAUGAGUAAUCAAUAAAAUUAAAUUGACUAAUUAA